ACUCUCCCGUCGCCGCUGACCCGCGCGCGGCCGCCGAAGCCUCCCCGCGGGGACAUUCAUUCUUGCCCCUUGCCUGUCGCCAGGCCGGGCGUACGGGCUGCGUUGUCGGAGAUUUUGUCCCUUUUUUCCUUUUUUUUUCCUUCUCUCCCCCCCCCCCCUUUUUGGGUUUUUUUUUUUUUUUUCCUUUCUGUUGUUGUUGUUCUUGCCUAUGUUCGGGAAACCAGACAAAAUGGACGUUCGAUGCCACUCGGACGCCGAGGCUGCCCGGGUCUCGAAGAACGCGCACAAGGAGAGUCGGGAGAGCAAGGGCGCAGAGGGGAACCUCUCAGCCGCCUUCCUCAAGGAGCCGCAGGGCGCCUUCUCAGCGUCGGGCGCUGCUGAGGAUUGUAACAAAAGUAAAUCCAAUUCCGCAGCCGACCCGGAUUACUGCCGCCGGAUCCUAGUCCGAGAUGCCAAGGGGUCCAUCCGAGAGAUCAUCCUGCCCAAGGGCCUGGACCUGGACCGGCCUAAGAGGACGCGCACGUCCUUCACCGCGGAGCAGCUCUAUCGGCUGGAGAUGGAGUUCCAGCGCUGCCAGUACGUGGUGGGCCGCGAGAGGACCGAGCUCGCCCGGCAGCUUAACCUCUCCGAGACCCAGGUGAAGGUCUGGUUCCAGAACCGGCGCACCAAGCAGAAGAAGGACCAGGGCAAGGACUCGGAGCUACGCUCGGUGGUGUCGGAGACCGCGGCCACGUGCAGCGUGCUACGGCUGCUGGAGCAGGGCCGCCUGUUGUCGCCGCCCGGCCUGCCUGCGCUGCUGCCGCCUUGCGCCACGGGCGCUCUCGGCUCAGCGCUGCGCGGGCCCAGCCUGCCGGCCCUGGGCACGGGCGCCGCUGCCGGCUCGGCUGCCGCAGCCUCCGCCGCCCCGGGCCCAGCGGGCGCCGCGUCCCCUCACCCGCCGGCUGUGGGCGGUGCUCCAGGCCCAGGGCCCGCCGGGCCCGGGGGACUGCACGCGGGCGCCCCGGCCGCGGGCCACAGCCUCUUCAGCCUGCCGGUGCCCUCGCUGCUCGGCUCCGUCGCCAGCCGCCUGUCCUCCGCCCCGUUAACAAUGGCUGGUUCGCUAGCUGGGAAUUUGCAAGAACUCUCCGCCCGAUAUCUGAGCUCCUCGGCCUUCGAGCCUUACUCCCGGACCAACAAUAAAGAAGGGGCCGAGAAAAAAGCGCUGGACUGAUUUUAAGUGUUUCCCUGUAUUUAUAUUUAUACUAUCUAUUGUGGUGAUAUUUAUGGACUCACGCGCGUUAGGUGCCCAGAGCUCCUGCGCUGGGCUCCUGGCUCCCACCAGGCCUCUGACAACUCUCCUUUCCCACCCAGGCUCUGCUACCAAUUUUAUCUCAUUCGGGCUAUUUUUUUUUUUUUCUACCUUUCCUCCGAGAUUCCUCCCCAACCCCCAACUUCCUUCUGAAUCCAGGAGCGAUCCAAAGAAUUGGGAAAAAUACCCGAGUUAGUCAACCUGAUGCCCUGACCCCGUGCCCAGCCCAGGAGGGAAAAGACUGGUUCUAAGUCCAAAGAACAGGACGUUUGUUCUAGAUCCGCGGCUGCUGCCGCUGCCGACUAUUCCUAGGAAUAUUUGAAAGAGGAAAACUGCGCGCAGACCCCAGGGGCUUCCAGGUUUCUUUAGACCAAAAAGGAGGACGUUCCUUCCUCUUGCCAGAGAAACCAGGGCUUGUGGGAGCCCCUGGGCCCCGCUUUGCGGACCUGUCGGGAUAGUCGAUACACAACACAGCUUCCUGGCGGGACAAAUCCUGCAGUUUUUCCCCCCUUUAGGGCAACUCCAAUCACAACCACCCCCGACCCCAGGAAACAGUAACAAACGUCCUGGUAGGCAACGACACUAAUAAAUUUGAUCUAAUCAGCAAUAAAAGCAAUUGCUACGUAAAACCAGAUGAAGUGGAACCAGUUUUUAAAUACUCGUAAUGAUGAAGUUUGGAAGGUGUAAGAAAAUUAAGGAUAGAGAAUGCCCCACGGGGCAAUGCAAAAUUAAGGUUCUGGGUAUUGUAACCUUAAACAGGAAUUUAACGGGGGAAAAGCAAAGGAAAAGCCAACGCCGCUAAUCAAAGAAAACUCAGAAUCUUUUCUCCGAGGCUGUUCGGGGCGGUGGCCGACAGCUUCUCCCUCCAGGAAAGAGCAAAGCGGCUGCCGGCGGUAGUCUGGGCGCCGGCGCUUCACCCUACGGCCUCCCAGGCGCGUAGCUUUGGGCACAAUCGCUCGGCUUGGAAAAUGAGUCAGCACUCUGCCUCUUAUCCCAAACUCCCGGAUUCACAAAUCCUUUCCUGCACGCAGGAAACGGCUGGAUUUCUGAGCAGUUCUUUGCGGAAGGGGAGGCAGGGACGCCGCUGGGCGGUCGGGCCUCCUCUAGCAGUAGUCUCAGAGUCCAGACAGCGUCUUGUGUGAUUGAUAGGAAAGACACUCCCCUCGCCUCCCCAGUCUUAGGGUUUCAGUGGUCCCAAAUCAGAACACGAACCGCGACACCCUCUUUCCUUACCCUGUGCAGCAGCCUUACCCUGUGCAGCAGCGAUCGUCCCUACAGCCACGGCCACCCACAUUUUAACCAAAUACACAGACCCAGACUGCGAGGUGCCGCAGGGUCUAGAAUGUAUUCGUCCAUCUGAAGCAAGCGAAAGGCAUUUUUUAAAAUAGUAAUUUUAUUGUAAAUUAUUUACGUCGGAAACUCCCCCCUCUUUUUCAUCUUUUUUUUUUUCUAGGCAAAUAGUGAAGAAAAUAAUGAACGAUUCAAACGCGGGAUAAAAAAACAAAAGAAGAAAAGGAAGAAAGAGCCAGCAAAUGAUGAGUCUCGGCGUGGGGACUCCGGGGGCAGAGGGUGGCAGCCCCUAUAGUGCGGGGCCCUGCAACUGGUACCGUGAGCGCCUGGGAUGAGGUUUGGGCGGAUUUCGGGUUUCCAGAGAGGCAGACGCCUGGCUACGACGAUUUGUUCCACUUCCUUGAGUGUUUCGUUCUCGAUUUCUCUUUCUGUACCUCUGAGGUCGGCCCCUCAGACCCUCCUUCUUAAUUUCCCACUGCGUAAUUCUUAGUUUAUUUAGGAACUUAUCUCCGGACACUAUAAAGUCCCUGCCUCCUAAUGCUAUGUUUCUAGAGUCUUCCAGCUGCAUCUUCAUGCCGGCAGCAUUUUGGAUUUUGUGCAAUCAUGGGCCCAGAAUAGGCAAGGUUUUAUUUUCUUCUGACUUAGGAUAAGUCUCGCCAAUGUCAAAGAGAAACUUUGAGGGAGCAGGAGACUGAAAUCGAUAUUAAUUCCUGCAAAGAGACCUCUCGCCCGACCUCGCCCCAGUGCUUAUGCGGUGGUGAGGGAUGCAGACGUUGCAAACAAAUCUUGGGAAGCGAGGAGGGCCGGGAAGGACACUUAAGAACACGCUCUCCUAAAGCGUGUGCGGCACCGAGCGAAGUCCGCGCAGCGGGCGCAGCGGCCCCGGCUCCUUCUUGUAGCGCCCGCACACCUGGGUGUUGCAGGGAUCCGCUGUUCCCGUGCGGCACCGGCACUAACCAGGUCUUACAACCCCUACUCGUGUACUGUGCCUGAAGCUGGAGUCGGAAGCAUCCAAAAUAAGGCGGGGCACAGUGUGGGCGGCGGAGUCCCUGAGCCUUGAGCUCGGCUUUUUGCUGAGAUCACAGCAGUCGCCCACAGACAGUUCACUUUUAUUUCUCAAAGUUGCUGCAGAUCCCUCAGCUUCGCUACUCUUGGCUCUUCCCCUCCCUGUCCGCCUCUCCUUCCUUUCUUUUGCUUGAAGCUGCUUUUCUUUUUCUACUCUUCUUCUGUGCUCCUGUCCUGUAAAUCCCUGCGCUUCCUCUAAGGAGUUCUGUCUCUCAGUGGUGUGGGCUCCGAUCUAGUUCCCCCUGUCUCCCUUCUCCAUUAGUUCUUCCUUCCAGGUCGGUCUCUCGCUCUCAUUCUCUCUCUCUCUGGUUUUCUGGUUUUCUUCUCCUGCUCAAGGGGUCCCAAAGGCCAAGGCAGUGGGUGGCUCUCACUGCAGCUUCAAGGCUGGUGUCUGGGGCCCUCCAGGGGUGAGAAGGAAGGGAGAAGGUGGCAUAACUUUUUGGGACAAAAGAAAACACAAAAUCCUAGCUUGGAAUUCCCAAUACAUUCAGCCUUCUCUCCCAGGGACCUCAGCCUGGGAAGUCACCAAGCAGCUCCCUCCUUCCAUCUUCCUGCCCUUUCUCCUUUUUGCUUUCUUAGCCCUGAAAGAGGGAAGGACCAGUCACCCCAUCACUUCUGCUCUCACCUCCCUUCCCUCCCUGGCUUUGGGAAGAGCUGCUGAGCUCUGCCUGCCACUCAGGGAGUGCAGUUGUUCUUAAAGAGCCUCUUCUGCAUAGAAAAAGAAUUGCAAUUUUAAUUAAAAAACAGUUAUAGAAAAUUCAUUUAAUUUUAGUGACUAUCUUCUUUUCCCUCCUUCCCCAAGGGCCUCUAGUAAGCUGCCUUGGUCCCUGGAGGCCUCUGGCUUCCAACUGGAGACUCACAGGCCUUGGAGGAGGAGGAGGCAGGUAGCCUCUAGGCCAAUAGCUGGGCCUGCCUGGGGAAAGGUGGAAGGAGGAACAGCUGCAGGAGGGGGGAGCUGAAAGGAAUCUGAUGCUCAAGCCUGCACAAAGCAACAGCCAAAUUGUUUCAGAGCAGAAAAGAAAAGGGGAGAAAAACCUCUUAGCAAACCCCUGUGAGUUUGGGGGUCAGGUUCAGGAAAGAUGUGGGAAGUCCCUUGGAGAGCUCAAUGGGACACAUGCUCAUAUCCAUACUUGCAGUUGGUCUAACCUUCAGCCAGAAUGUAUUAAUAAGUAGCAUUUAGCAACCCUUUAUAGUUUCCAAAUAGCAUUUCACAUACACCAUUCUACUGUUCCUCAUGGUGGCUUUGAGAGGUCCAGCUCCAUUUUAAAGACUCAUAUACAGGACUGGAGCAAAUAACAUGCUCAAAGCCUCAUGGCUGCCCAGAACCCAAGAUUGUAAGCUCCCCCUAGGGCCAGAGGCCUCUUCUUUCAGUUUUUUUCUCUCUUCCGCCUUUGCCCCCUCUUUCCCUCUUCCCUUUCUCCCUUCCUUCUUCCUUUCCUUCUUUUUGUGCCCACAGUGUCUGGAUCACUGUAUCUGAAUUCUUUAGCCUAUUUGCACCCACAUCUGCUAAUGUCCAUAUCUAGCCAUCUAUUACACCAGCUGCUGAGGAUUUCAUUGGUGCCCUCAUCAAGAAGUUUGAAUUUCUCCCUCCUUCCUGUUUUUUUUUUUUUUCCCUGCCACUGUCCCAACUCUUUCCCUGUACCUCUGUCUAGAAUGACAUCUUUAAACCCCUUACCCUCUUUGGUCUUACACAUCCUUAUAAAUGAUUAUUUUUAAAUUGAAUUUUAAUAUCCAUGUGGUAAACACAGGGUAAAGUACACAAAGCUUAAUUAUACAAGUUGAUAAUUUACACACACACACACACCCCUUCUUGAAUCGCUCCAAUGAUAACCUUUUAACUUCUUCUCUUCAGCCACGUAAGCCAUAUGAUUAUACACAGUGUCUUUGUCCUGUUUGAAAAGAAAUUGUGUCAUAUUGGUGUGCUGUUCUUGCAUAGAAAGCCUUUCUAAGAAGUCUUUUUAAGGUUUCUUGAAGGAUUUAGAAGUCAUGUAACUCUUCUAACCUCCUGAAGUCCUGAGUUUAAGUGGCUUGAUUAAAUGGCUGAUCAAAACUUAAAAACAUACUACGUCAAUGUUUUUCAAGAUACAACUGAGGACUAGCUGCUUUAGAAUCAUCUAGGGAGUGGCUAAAAUUCCAGGUUCCUAAGCCCUAUCCCAUCUGAUGAAUCAGAAACUGGGUUGGGGUUUAGGAACAUGCAUUUUAAACACGUUUCCAAAGUGAUUCUUAUCCAGACUAAUAUUUGAGAAGUACUGUAUUAAAUGGCAAACUCCCAAAACACUGCAGCCUCCUGCAUCUGGCCCAGGGCCUGGCAUUUGGUAGGAAUACAAUGAAUGUUUGUUAAACAAAUUAAUCUACAGUUUCUGACACAGUUUAGAAUUUCUUGGACCACAUUAUGCUAUUGUAAUUUAACACCAUUUCUACAUCGGGAAAUCUUUACAUUUCAGAUUCUUUUUCAUUUUCAUGGAGGUUUCAUUUUAAUGGAGCAGGAGAGAAAAGAGAAAUCUACUUUAGUGGUUUCUCAGGUCUCAGGGAAGGUGUUUUAUAAACUCAGUGGGGACCACCUUCCUGGACAGGCUGCUCCCUUACAGACCUGGUAGUUUGGGGAAAGGAGAAGGAGAGCCCUUCAGGUUUGCUGAAAGGCAUUCAGAUGCAUACCCUUCUUGGUUGGAACCGAAAGCUUCUGUCUGAAGAGACACGAGUUCUGGAAGGAGCAAGGCCACCAGGUUCAGAGAACCUGGCAUGCAAUGGACAUGGAAGCUGAAAAUGACUUGUGUAUUCUCUGAUUUAUAGCUAUUAUGAAACUAAUUUUCUCUCUAGAAACACACUCGCCUAUCUUCUUACCCUGAAACAGAAAAUAAAUAUUGUGCUUUA